AUGGAGUUCCCUAAACCCCACAUCCAUCAUCCCCGUGUCUCCCACACCCACACGGUUAUCCUACUACAUGGUCGCGGCAGCGAUGGCCCUGAGUUCGCCGAAGAGCUUUUCUCAUCUUCAACCUCUAGGAGUAAAAACCUACCCUCCUGUUUACCCUCCUAUCGCUGGGUAUUUCCAACCUCCCGCGACCGAUGGAGCACUACAUUCGAAGAGGAAAUGUGCACCUGGUUUGAUGCCUAUUCCUUACACGAUAUCCACGAACGACAGGAACUGCAGAAAGACGGAAUCAGAGAAUCAAUCUUACACAUUCUCGAGAUUCUCAAAGAGGAAUCUCGACUACUCGAUGGGCGAUUUUCGCAUAUCUAUCUCGGAGGUAUGAGUCAGGGGAUGGCAACCGCCUUGUGGACGUUCUUAGCGGCAACUGCGAUGGGCCGAGUCCAAGGCCCAUUAGGUGGUUUGCUAGGCUUUUGCGGUUGGUUACCCUUCGCACAGCAGCUCGAGCAGUUGGUAUCCGAAUCAUCACUGAGUCCCGGCAGUUCUCAGGCACAGAGUCUAGUGUCCGGAUUUUUCUUUGACGAACUUGCCGGUGAGAUAUCGCGCUCUGAUCAGCCAGCCGACUAUUCUAUCUUGUCUACGCCUGUGUUUUUAAGUCAUGGAUCAGACGAUCCAUGGGUAUCUGUGGAGCUUGGGCGGCAGGCAUCUCAAGUUCUGCGAAGAAUUAUGGUACGCGUCGACUGGCAGGAGUUCACGGGGGCAGAGGGUGACGGUCACUGGGUUAAGGAACCGGAGGGUUUUGACCAGAUCCUAAAGUUCCUUGAGGGUUGA